UGUGCCUGCAGAGUAACACGAACCGCUAAGCGAGACGCAUCUCUCGAGCGAGCGAACGAGAUAUAGUGUCUCUGUACCGCUGCGUGUGUGUGCAAGCGGGCCAAUUGUAUCUCUCUCUCUCUCCUCGAGUACACCGGAAGAUUCGCAUUAUUUCUCGCAGCGAUCGAGUGGCCGUUUAAUGUGCUUUGGAGUGGAGUGUGCGUUCGAGUGAGUGAGCGAUCGCGUCUGUGUGUAGAGCUGCUGUGGGGCUCCGAUCUAUUUCUCUGUGUGUGCGCGAGUGCCCAUCCGCCUGUACAUAUAGUAGUGAUCGUUUAAAGUGUCGCCGUGUGCGCUCAGCCGAGCCUUCGGUGCAUAACGUGUAAUAAUAUGCCCCAACGACGACGAAGACGACGACGAUCGUAAUGUCGAUCGCGUGGGUGCUCGGGACAAAGACGAGGUGAAAAAGAUGCCUAUCGACGAGUCGUCGUUGCACGAGGAAACAACAAAAAAAGCAACAACAACGAGAGAAGAGCGUUGCGCAUUACAUUUUGAUAAUUGACCGAUCGUCGCGUGCGCGCCGAUGAUCAUGGUCACGUAAUAAUGACAAUUUACUCGAGCUCAAGGAGCAGCCGUUCGAGCAUCGCAUAGACGAUAGAUAGAUAGAGAGAGAGAGGGGAGAUGAGCGCCAUCGAUAACUACACCUUGGCGCUGGAGGCAUGCGGCAACGGGAGCAGCAGCAGCAGCAGCCAAUGCGACGACGCCUUGUUCAACGUCACCGAGGUCUUGGUCGCGGCGGCGGCGGCGGCCAACAACAACACGACGGAGGACCCGAUGCUGCACUGCAUCAGCGGCGAGGGCGACGCCUUCACGGACUUCGUCGUCUACGGCCUGCUGAUGAACUGCAUCAGUCUGCUGGGCCUGCUCGGCAACUGCAUCACCAUCAUCGUGCUGUCGAGGCCGCAGAUGAGGUCGUCCAUCAAUUACCUGCUCAUCGGCCUGGCCACCUGCGACACGGGACUCAUCGUCUCGUCGGUACUGAUCUACGCGAUACCGGGCCUGACCGACUACACGGGCCUGUUCCACGAGUACAAGCACAACGUGUUCCCGCGCAUCAUACGCUACCUGUUCCCGCUCUCGACGACCUUCCAGAUGGCCACCGUCUACAUCACCCUCACCGUGACGAUGGAGCGCUACGUCGCGGUCUGCCAUCCGCUCAAGGCCAGAUCGCUGUGCACCUACUCGAGGGCCAGGUGGGCCCUCUGCGCCAUCGCCCUGUUCGCCGUCUCCUACAACGUGCCCAAACUCUUCGAAUUGGAAUUCACGGAGACGGUGAACUCGCUGAACAAGACCGUGCCCUGCCUCAUGGCCACGGAGAUGCGCAAGGAUCCGCUCUACAUAGCCAUCUACGUGCACUGGAUGUACUUUUUCGUCUACUACACGUUCCCCUUCGUGCUGAUCGUUAUCUUUAACGGCCUCAUUUACAACAAGGUGCGCACGGCGAAUCGCAAUCUGCGCCUGCUGUCGCACACGCAGCGACGCGAGCUCGGCCUCGCCACGAUGCUGCUCUGCGUCGUGAUCGUCUUUCUGGUCUGCAACAUACUGCCGAUGGUGAGCAACAUCCUCGAGAACACGAGCCACUUCAUACCCCAGUGGAUACUGAUGGCCGGCAACAUCCUCGUCACCUUCAACAGCGGCAUCAACUUCGUCAUCUACGUCAUCUUCGGGCGCAAGUUCAAGCGGAUCUUCCUGAAGCUGUUCUGUCCGGUGUCGGCGGAGACGGGCCUCGACUGCAUGGGCCGGUCGGUGAAUCGCGCCGAGAGCCCCGACCUGCAGACCAACGACGACUCGAUCGCCACGAGCCACAUCGAGCUCAAGACCUCGACCAAGCGCGGACACCACGGCCAUCGUGGCGGCUCGCAGAGAUCCUCGGGUCUGGCUGCCUCCGGCCAGGCCCACCAGCCGUCGCUGCGGGGCGGCGGCGGCCUCAACAACGGCUCGUCGUCGGGCAGAUCGAGCGUCUACUACCCGAGCAACUCGCUCAAGGCCGCCGGCGGCGGCGGCGGCGGUGGCUCGUCGUCCUUUCGCGGCGGCCAUCCCGCCGGCUAUUACAACGGCAAUCAGCAUCAUCACAAUAACAAUCACAUCCAGGGCAGUGGGCUCGUGAUCGAGGACACGGCGUUCUGCUGACCCAAAGCCAGUUCCGGCUCCUUGACCAGCAAAAAGACUACCGUCAAUCCUGUAUAUAUUUAGUACACAGUGCGGAAGUUACUCUGUGCCGCUGUUACGCGACUUUCGCACUGCUGCUGCUGCUGCUGUAUUUAAGUGUACAUAUGAUAAUGUGUCGCAUGAGAAAUCGUUAAGUGUGUCUGUGUGUGUGUGUGUAUAUAUAUAAUAUGACAUAUGUGUGUGAGUAAACCAAGACUUCCAUCGAAUUAUGGUUGACGGCCACAUUGUCCUUGUCGUGACAUGUAUCGACGUUAUCUGCGUCGCAACUUCAAAGCCUCUUCUUCCUUGUCUCCUUUUUUAUCGACGGACGAAAAUCGAAACUCCAGUCUCGACGUUGCACGGAACGCAAAGAGCUGUACGACACGUGACGCAUGAACUGCUCGCCGAGUCUCGCGUGGAUUUAACUUCGAAAAUUGCUUUACUUUUCAAUGAAACGGCUCGAGCUUUUUACAGGUCGACGCGCGAAAGACGACGCAUCAACUCGCAAUGAUAUUUUUUACGUUAUUUCUUCCAUAGCUCCGACGUGGAUCGACGUACGUCGAGCUUUACCUACGACUCUGUAAGGUGUCCGCGUGAGAGCUUUUUUUCACAACACCUCCCAGCUGUCACCACCACCGCGUUAUCGUGAUGAGAUAUAAUUUUUAUGAUUAUCCGAUUUUCAUUUUAAUCGAGUUUACCAGACCAAUUACGGGCGCUUCCUUCGUAUACCGUGGGCUCGGGUAUUGCUGGAUUUUAUCGAGCGUAUAUUUACACUCGUGAAUGUACGGAAUAUUCUUACCGUUGAUAUCGAAGUCGACUCUCGCGCGUACAGCUUCGGUCGAUUACGACUUUGAUUUCGCGCCUCGCUUUCAAAUUCUGUUUCCAUUGUUUUUCUUCUCCGAUUUUUCGACUAAAAUCCACGUAUGGAAUUUGAUAUCGCGCGAUCGAGGGGCUUCUCGUGUUUCGUUGCGCUUCGUUCGAACUUCGUGAGUAUUGCUCGAACGAGUUGAAACGACAGCAAAAAGAGACGCCAAUUAAUAUUGUAUUUAAAUAUUAUUUACGAAUAAUAAUGGUAAUGAUAAUAAUUUUAAGAAGUUGUAAGUCAUCAAUUAAGUGCCUUAGUUCGGCCACGGUAAACUUUUCGAUAUCCUGAAAUAAAUCUGUAAUAUCCUAUAACGAAAAUAUAUUUGGGUCUGUCCACUUACGCAUAUUUAAAUAUCCUGUAGCAAGUGACAUAAUAUAGCCAUCUCCCGUUGUUCUUUCUUGAAUCCACCUUUGAUCUACGUCCUAAAUACCCUUUACCAUGUAUUAUAAUGUUACGUAAUUUAUAGACUUUUCUACUCGCAUACGAGAAUUCGUAUCGCAAAAUGAAGACGAUUUAUUGUAAAUACAUACUAUUGAAAAAUGUUGAGCAUUAAUCCAACGAAAAAUAAAACUGAUAAUGAAUGUGACGGAAAUAAAAUAUAUCUGCAUAUAACUAGAGUUAUAAUUGAUGAUAAUCCUGAUAACGACGGCGAUUCAAAUUGUUUAAGUUUGAGGUAUCCAGUCUAUUAAUACACUUUUGUAAGAGCUUUCUCGUCAAACUUUUGAAGCCAAACUCAAAAAAAAUUGGGAAAAAAAUGUAUCAUAACUUCUUCUUCAGAACAAUUUUAGCUUUAUUAUCAACCAUAAUAGUAAAUCAGGAUUAUUCAUUGAAAACAAUAUAAAUAAAAUGGAUAGUUGUUAAAUAAAAUCUAUAAUUAUAAUGUAAAAACAUAAAAUGGGGAAAAUUCACACUUAAAUCGAAAAAGGGUAGCAUGAAGUAGUGAUUUUAAAAACAUAUUUUCACGGAUUAACUGUAAAUAAAAAUUUAUUUGAUGAAGUUUGGAUCGAGCUGAUGUAUAGAUAAUUGUAGCUAACAUUGAUGAUGUGGUCAUUACUGUAGCAUAAUUCGUUAUGAUUUUUAUAUUUGUCACCGAUGUUAAAAAAAUUAACCUUAAUAUUAGCUUUUCAUAUAAGCUGGCUACAAAGAUUUCCUUUGAAUAAAAUAAUUUUAAAUCCUAAAUAAAUUUUAUUUAACAAAAGAAUCAAUGUAAUUAGCCAUAUUACUUAUGGAGUAAAACUUUGAAAGAAGUACAAUUCAAUCAUACAAAUAAGUUAGUAUUUGCUUGUAAAUAAAUUUCAAGAUGAAAAUAUUGUAAAAAAAAUAUUGUACAUUUUGUUAAAGCGAUGAAUAUCAUUUGAAUCGAUCAUCCAAUGACUCGUGAGAAAAAUACAUAAAACGAGAUUUUCAUGUAUUAAAUAAUUACGUACAUUAAAAU